AUGAAUGAGAAAAAUGAUAGUGAACUCCGGAGUAGCGAUCAUGACAAUGGCCUGCAGGCCGUAGGAGAAACAGGCCCAGAUGGGAGCGGCAAGACGAAGGGAAGCCAGCACGUUGGAGGUGCUGUGGACGACUCGGUGGACUCUGCAGACGAGAUGCGCGCGGCGGACGGGGUGAACUCUGCCUGUUCCGCCGACUCGAGGGAGGUAGCCCAUUCCGGGCACGUGAGCACGGAUGGCCAAAGCGAGCGCAACGAGGGCGCGGUGAAAUCGUCUUCCUUUUUUGCAAAGUGUUUGAGUAAGAUAGGAAAUUUUAACAGUGCCGCUUGUGAGGAGGGAAACGCGGAUGGCAACGCGGAUGGCAACGCGGAUGGAAAUGCAGAUGGCAACGCGAACGGCAGCGCGCACAGCGGCAGUGAACUGGGGCUGCUAUCCAAAGGCGCGAGCAGCGAGUUCCAGACAGAGGCGAUGGACACCGUGCCACAGAGCGGGGAGUUGGAGCUAGCCAUAACCACCAUAGCAGCGUUUAAUAAGAGAAAAGGCGAGGUAAAAGUAAGCAGGGGAGAAAUCUACCUAAGUGAGAAGGAGUUUGCGGUGAUAACGUACCUCCUUUCAGGCAGUGGAUUCAGAUUCUCCCUCAUCGAUGACCCGAAGAAGAAAAAGAAGAGAGAGUUGCUAAGGCUGGAUGAACUUCUUCUGGAGGCUAAGAGGUGGAAGGGUGAAGGACUUAGCUCGAGUCUCAAAAGGGAAGGAAGCCACGAGAGGAGACAGGGGAACCUGAGCUAUUUGGACAACAGUGAAGAUCCAAAUGGAGGGUGUCUCUACCAUGCAGAGGAUGGCAGCCAAGAGGAAGGGAAGUCACUAACACGAGCAGAUGGAGGGGUAGGAAUACACUGCGACAGAAGCGAACUCUCCAAAGGUGACGAAUUUCCCCCAGGAGGAGGAGUAGGAGGGACACAAGGGAGACCGAAAGAAGGUUACACUCACCUGGACUCGGCCAGCGAAAAGGGAAACAAAACAAAUAAUGAGGUAGAAAAAGAAUUGAGAAGCGGAGUGGAUGAUGAAGAAAGGAUACAGCUAUGUGAAGAAGUCCUGACGAACCUAAAGAAAUCCUUUUAUGAGCAAAUAAUAAAUAUAGAAAAUAAUUUUAAAAAUUUAAGUAACAAAAUUGAAGAGAGUAAUUGUUUUUAUUUCCAGUGUAUCCUAGAUAAGUUACAGAAUGGGAGAUAUGAGAAUGUCUUUUUGAUUUACAAUGACAUCUACCUGUACGUGAACAAUUUGCUAUUCCUUUCUAAGCCUUCUAGUUUCAUUUGGAUGAAGCUGCAUGAGCUGUCCACUCAAAUUAAUGCCUGCAUUUCGGAGCUUCAGCAGAGGAAGGAGAAAAAGAAGAGCUCCUACACCCAGGGUGCGCAGGGCCCGUUGCAGGAGCAGGUUGAGAAGGACGACGGCGAGAAGGAGAAGGCCCUCCACCUCCCCCCCCCUGGCGAGGACACCAUUGAGCAGUCCAUCAACGAGGAGGAGAAGCUGGCCUUCCAGCUGCUCCUGGGAAAGCUGCACCAGGACAUACACUUCGAGCUGUUCCGGAAGUUCAAAAACAAAGCCGUGUGGAAAACCCUCGAGGGCGGCGAGAUCGAGCUGGACGACAAGCUCACCAAGGCGGACGUAUUCAGAGAAAUGUACAACUGGUGCAAAGUCCAGUUGGAGUUGAAAAGCAAGCGAAGCGACGUGUCCGAAUCAGAGAGCGAUUCUUCGAAGGACUCCUACUAG